GCGCGCUCCGCGGAGCCUCGCCCUCCGCCACGAUGAGCAAAUGAGCGCGAGCGAGGGCAUGAAAUUUCAAUUCCACUCUGGCGAGAAAGUGCUGUGCUUCGAGCCCGACCCCACCAAGGCGCGAGUGCUGUACGAUGCCAAGAUCGUCGAUGUUAUUAUUGGGAAAGACGAGAAAGGCAGAAAGAUUCCUGAAUAUCUAAUCCAUUUUAAUGGUUGGAACCGAAGUUGGGACCGAUGGGCGGCUGAAGACCAUGUCCUUCGUGACACGGACGAAAAUCGGAGAUUACAGCGUAAAUUGGCAAGAAAAGCCGUAGCUCGCUUGCGAAGCACAGGCCGAAAGAAGAAGCGCUGCAGGUUACCUGGUGUGGAUUCCGUUUUAAAAAGCCUCCCCGUUGAAGACAAAGAUGAAAACGAUGAAAACUCAAUAAGCAGUUCCUCCGAGGACAGUAGUGAAGAAAAGGAUGAAGAAAUAAGUGAAGAAAGUGAUAUUGAAGGAAAGAGAGAAGUGAAGGAAGACCCAGAGGCACCCACAAAAAGGGAAAUGGAAGAACGAACAAUUAAUAUAGAUAUCCCGGAGGUGUUAAAGAAGAAACUUGAAGACGAUUGUUACUAUAUCAACAGGAGGAAACGGUUAGUGAAACUUCCAUGCCAGACCAACAUCAUAACUAUUUUGGAAUCGUAUGUGAAGCAUUUUGCUAUAAAUGCAGCCUUUUCAGCCAGUGAGAGGCCUCGUCACCACCAUGUUAUGCCACACUCCAACAUGAAUGUGCAUUAUGUCCCUGCAGAAAAGAAUCAGGGUAAUCGUCCUCGUAAUCUGCUUUGCACACGUGACCCAGCUGGAGGCGAGUCAGACAGUGUUGACCUGUGCAAGGAGAUGGUGGAUGGGUUAAGAAUCACCUUCGAUUAUACGCUUCCGUUGGUUUUGCUCUACCCUUACGAGCAAGUUCAAUAUAAAAAGGUGACUUCAUCCAAAUUUUUCCUGCCAAUUAAGGAAAGUUCCGCAAACUCGAAUAGGAACCAAGAAGAGCUCUCUCCGAGCCCCCCUUUGCUAAAUCCAUCCACACCACAGUCCACGGAGAGUCAGCCCACCUCUGGGGAGCCAGCCACCCCAAAACGGCGCAAAGGAGAGCCCGAGGCUCUGCAGUCCCUGAGGCGCUCCACCCGCCACUCGGCCAGCUGUGACCGACUGUCUGAAAGCAGCGCAUCACCACAGCCCAAGCGUCGGCAGCAGGACACAUCGGCCAACAUGCCCAAGCUCUUCUUGCACUUGGAAAAGAAGACACCUGUGCACAGCCGCUCUUCCUCCCCGGUUCCUCUCACCCCGAGCAAAGAAGCGAGCACUGUGUUUGCCGGCUUCGAGGGUAGAAGGACAAAUGAAAUAAAUGAGGUUCUUUCCUGGAAACUUGUGCCUGAAAGUUAUCCCCCGAGUGACCAGCCACCACCAGCGUCUUAUAUUUAUGGGGCACAACACUUGCUGCGCUUAUUUGUGAAACUUCCAGAAAUUCUUGGGAAGAUGUCCUUUGCAGAGAAGAAUCUGAAGGCUCUACUAAAGCACUUUGAUCUCUUUCUGAGGUUCUUAGCCGAGUACCACGAUGAUUUCUUUCCGGAGUCUGCGUAUGUGGCUGCCUGCGAGGCAAACUAUAGCACCAAAAACCCCAGGGCCAUCUACUGAAGUCUUGGAGUUUGGAAACAAUAGCUUCUCUCCAAGAUUUGAAGCUUGUGUGGGAGGCUCCUCGUGCAGAAUAGGAGAUGGGGGACCAUCCUUAGAGAGUAUUGGGGUCACCCACCCUGAAGUCAGUGGGGGUUAUCUUCCAGUAGGGACAGACCAAUUUCUUUUGAGUUGCUUUUAUCCUGAAAUGUCUUUACUUGGGGGUGGGGUGGGCGAUACACCCAGUAGGUGCUCAGAACCUCUCCUGACAGUACUUAGGGAAUCAUGGUGCUGGGGAUAGAACCCUCACGCCUCCCACAUGUAGAGCAUGCGCCCCAGCUCUUUGAUCUAUCUCCCUGACUGAAGGUGUUUCUGUUAAAGGUGCCUCCUAGGGCCCAAUUAUGUGAUCUUUUGCCACUGGACUUGUCCACUGAGGCAGGAAAAUAGCUAUCCUCAUUGCAAAACCUUGUAAAGAAUGAAACUGUGCAUAUGAUAGAUUAUUUCAGUUGCUGUUAGAAUUAUUUGGAUGCAAUAACCACAUUUGAUAGUUAUUUGUUAUAUCCACCAGACUGAUUUUGCAAACUCGCUGGCUGUGUAACAGUCUAGCACGUUUUUUUUUAUUUUGCUUAGAAAUUGCAGAGUAGUUCUGAAAUAUCUUCAAGGGAGGCGAUAUUGAUAGCAAAAAUAAAUUAAAAAAACAGUUAUCCAUUUAUUUGCUUGGUGCAGUUCAUUUAUUUGUAAAACUUUAUUUUUCCUUAUUGCAAUAAAGAGAUUUAAA